AUGAUACCCAUCAAACUGUUGCUUGGUUUGGCACUAUGCCUGUCGUCGCUAUUAGAUUUAUCUUCGGGGUUGCUAUCGCCAGAUCCGGUUGUUAAUCGACGUGAUUUCUGGCAGGAAAUUGGGUCUUUGACGGCAUCAAGUCUGUUGUUGCUGCCGCAACAGGCACUGGCUGCUGGGCCUUCUCUGGCGGAGCUUCAGGCAACAACCCAAAAAGCACGAACACAGCUAGAAGCUGUACCAGAUAUUAUUAAGAAAGAAGAAUGGGAUCGAGUUCGAGCCCUUCUGAUCACCCCUCCUCUGAGUGAUUUUUGGACCACAACCAAAAAAGGUGGCAAUGUCUUGAUGCAAAUUGCGGAUGCUGUGGGCGAUGCUGGUGGGGACGAGCUGCAGAUUCUGGAGCUAAGGGAAGACGUGCAAUCGCACUUGCGCUAUCUGGAUAUGGCGGUGUACAACAACGUGUUCAAUCCGAUUACCGUGGAAGGCACAGCCGGUGCUACAAAGGCGUUGGUUCGAUCUUACUACGAAGAUCCAAUCAAUGAACUUAAGGCAUCUGUUGCUGCCUUUGAUGGCAUUCUAGCAGAGAUUGCUAAUACUGGUCAAUAG